CACUGAGCCACACCAGUUGGGCAGAAUAUUUUAUUUUUAUCCUUAAUUAAAAUGGAAGUGGGCGUAACUAAAUUAUGUUUGUCUGUGUUUUGUAUCCAAAUAAGUGAACUGCCCUGGCUCCUAUGUCAUGGAUGAUCACCAGUUGGGUCAAUGAGUGUACGGAACACUUACUGUUUUGUAUUCCCAUAUAUUCACCUUCUCCUCGGAGUAGCAUUCUUCCUUGGGGGAAACUGCUUAUUCUGACAUUCUCACGCCAACUCCCAAGGCUUUAGUUGACGCAGUGGUGUUUUUCAAUAGCCCUAUCUCUAUUGUCCCAGGGGAUGGACUCUUAUCAAAGCUGACAGGUCAAACCCCUUCCCUGGAAAGUGUAUCUUUGACUCCAUUGACUUUAUGCCUUUUUCAUGUUCUUCCAAAGACAUUGCCCGAACUCAUAGCUUAUAGUGACUUCUAAUAAAAUAAAUGGGCAUUUUCUCUGAACGUUACAGGCUGUGCACACAAGGAGUUUAUGAAGGAAAAAAAUUCUCAAAGGCUAUGUAGCUCAGAGACUGACAAUACAACAUCCCCCCCCCCCCCAAGGAGAUACAGGUACAUUCCCAUUUGUUUGGAUUUAAAAACUCAUAACUUCUAACACAAUAGAAAAAAUUAGUAUUUUGGUAAUAGAAUGUAAGCUCCUCAAGAGCAAGAAUUUUUGUGUUUCCCGUUUCAUCUCCAGAAGCUAGGAAAUUUUCUGCACAGUGAAAUACUUAUUGAAUGACUCAAUGAAUUUGUCUUCAGCCGAGUUUUGAAUAAUGAAAUUGUACCUUUAUAAAGAAGAUGACUAUAGAUAAAUAGGUAUUACUUUGCUCUCACAACUACUGCUAGCUACCUGAACAACACUGCAUAAUAGGUAGGGGGAAAGGAGUACCCAAAAAGGCAUUCAGCGCGGGUUUUUUUGCUCUUACAUUGUGCUUUGAAAUGAAAACUACCUGAAGUUGUAAAACAGAACGCUGGGUGGCGCUGCAGGACAAGAGAGUGAAAACCUCUCCGCGAUUCCAAGACGACGUAAAGCGGUAAAGCCGUAAAGCCAUCUCGACCGCUUGCAAAGGAAGCAUUUUACACCACCGGGGGCUAGAGGGUGUCAGAGAGGCCGCUAUCCCCAUCCCCACGUCAGUCAAUGUUAGGAACUGACUCAAGAUUAUUGAACUAAGAUAGCAGAGUUGGCUGCAAAGCAAUCAUUUUGUGAUUUAAUACUGGGUCGUUUUGACAAGGAGGAAGGAUGGAGACGCCGCUCCCCAAAGCGCCCCGGAAAAGGCAAGUGACCGCCAUUAUGAUUCUAUUACUGUUGUGGGAGGCGGGCGGCGCGACCCUUCACUAUUCCGUUCUAGAAGAGAGGGAGAGCGGCUCUUUUGUGGCCAACCUCGCAAAAGAUCUGGGUCUGGGCUCAGGGGAGCUGGCCGCGCGUGGCGCCCGGAUUCUAUCCAAAGGGAACAGACAGCAUUUGCAGCUCGAGCAGCAGAGUGGGCAUUUGCUCCUCCAAGAAAAAUUGGACCGGGAAGAGUUGUGUGGGGACACGGACCCGUGUAGACUGCAUUUCCAGGUGUUACUGAAAAACCCGCUGCAGUUUAUUCAAGCGGAACUCCAGCUCCGAGAUGUAAAUGACCACACCCCCGAAUUCUUGGAACAGGAAAUCCUCCUGAAAAUCCCGGAAAGCAGCCACCCCGGGACUGCAAUUCCUUUGAAAACAGCUCAGGACUUAGACGUGGGCAGCAACACAGUUCAGAACUACACCAUCAGCACCAACCCUCACUUCCACCUGUUCCUGCGCAGUCGCAGCGAUGGCAGGAGAUACCCCGAGCUGGUGCUGGACAAAACACUGGACCGCGAAGAGCAGUCAGAGCUCAGGUUAACCCUCACGGCGCUGGAUGGUGGGUCUCCGCCCAGGACUGGGACUUGCCAGGUUGUCGUUGCAGUCCUGGACAUAAAUGACAACGCCCCUGAGUUUGCUCAGCUGCUCUAUGAGGUGCAGGUCUCAGAGAACAGCCCUGUAGGCUCCCUUGUCAUCACCGUCUCCGCUAGAGAUUUAGAUGCUGGGACCCAUGGCGAGCUCUCCUACUCGUUUUUCCAAUCGUCAAAUCAAGCCAUUCAGGUGUUUGAACUAAACGCAGUCACGGGAGAACUUCGGUUAAAAAGAAUGCUGGAUUUUGAGGAAAUUCGGUCUUACCGUAUGGAAAUUGAGGCCUCAGACGGUGGAGGCCUUUCUGGGAAAUGCACCGUAGCCAUAGAAGUGGUGGAUAUAAAUGACAACGCCCCGGAACUGACCAUGUCAUUUCUCAUCAGUGACAUCCCAGAAAACACCCCAGACACUGUGGUAGCUGUUUUUGGAAUUUCAGAUCCAGACUCUGGAGACAAUGGCAAAAUGACUUGUUUCAUCCAAGACCAUCUCCCCUUCCUACUGAAACUUACUGUAGAAAAUUACUACACCCUGGUAACAGAAGGAGCGCUGGACAGAGAGAGUCAGGCCCAGUACAACGUCACCAUCACCGUCCCCGACUUGGGGACCCCCAGGCUGGAAACCCAGCACAACAUCACCCUGCUGGUGUCUGACGUCAACGACAACGCCCCCGCCUUCACCCAAACCGCCUACACCCUGACCCUGCGCGAGAACAACAGCCCCGCCCUGCACAUCGGCAGCGUCAGCGCCACAGACAGCGACGCGGGCGCCAACGCCCAGCUCACCUACUCGCUGCUGCCGCCCCACGACCCGCGCCUGCCCCUGGCCCCGCUCCUUGGCGUGUGGGCGCACAAUGGCGAGGUGCGCACGGCGCGGCUGCUGAGCGAGCGCGACGCGGCCCGGCACCGGCUGCUGGUGCUGGUCAGGGACCAUGGCGAGCCCGCGCUGUCGGCCAGCGUCACGCUGCACGUGCUGCUGGUGGACGGCUUCUCGCAGCCCCACCUGCCGCUGCCCGAAGCGGCGGCCGACCCGGCGCCGGCCGACCCGCUGACCGUGCACCUGGUCAUCGCGCUGGCGGCGGUGUCGUCGCUGUUCCUGUUCUCGGUGCUGGCGUUCAUCGCGGUGCGGCUGUGCAGGCGGAGCAGGGCCGCCUGGGUGGGUGGCUGCUCGGUGCCCGAGGGCCCCUUUCCCGGGCCGCCUGUGGACGUCAGCGGCACCGGGACCCUGUCCCAGAGCUACCAGUAUGAGGUGUGUCUGACGGGAGGCUCCGGAUCCAAUGAGUUCAAAUUUUUGAAGCCGAUUAUCCCUAACCUCCUACCCCAAGGCGCUAAUGAAGAAAUAGAGGAAAACGCCACCUUCCAGAAUAACUUCGGAUUCAAUUAGGAAUCUCAUCAUGAUGCAGUGUCUUUUGUAAGAUCUUUAGUUCCUCCAGGUACAGAGUUUGAGAGCGUCACGGACAAAAAUCCUAACUUUAGGUAUAGCCUGGAUUUCCCUUUUGGGUGUCGGUGGCACACUGGGGACCAGUGUGAGGUGUGUCUGAACAGAAGCUUAGGAACCAGCGAGUUUAUGUUCCUCAAACCAACUGUCAGCAAGUUUAUGGGUGAAGGGGCUGGUAGGGACACCGAGGAAAACUCUAACUUUACAAAUAAUUUUGAGUUCAAUCAGGAAUAUCAUCUUGAAAAGACCUGAUAAAUGAUGAUAUACAUUCGGGUAUUUCCCAACCCUUGCUUUCACAGAAGGGCUUACAUAUUCACACAUUCAUAAUUAUUGCCAUAUUUAUAGUUAUUGCAACCUGUUGAAGUAUUUCAUAUUCUGAAUCUCUAGGUGUUUUUGUUGUUUUGUCAGGUUUUCUCCCUCACAUUUUGCAUGAUCCUACAAUAGCAGAGCACUGGCGUUUCUCGGGAUUUCGGGGUAAGAUUUUUGGAAGUUACAAAUGUUUUCAGAUUCCUGAUAUUUUAGCUUGUUCACUGAUACAUUGUUAUGAUUAAGAGAAUUGUGUUUAAUGAUUAUCAUCAGCAUGAGUCUAACUAAUGUAAAUGAUGGCUUUUAGUUUUAAAAAUAAUUUUCAUUUAUGCAAAAAUUACUGUGACCUUGUAAAUUAUUUGAUUCCUGUAAUGUUGUUUUAAAAACACUGCCGUAGUUUUUCAAAUGAACUAAUAUUUUAGUUGAGCUGAGUGUUUUCUUUCAAAAUUGAGAGCAUUUAGUUAGACCACCUGCUAUAAUUUUAAAUGAUUCAAUUCCUGUUAAAUAGAAAAAAGUAGAAAAAUAUUGGUAGACUUAUGAUUACCUUUUUAUAAUAAAUGGUUUUGAGUAUGUAAAUGAUUCUCAUUCUUUUAAUAUACACUUGAUUCAAAUAUAUUCAAUUAGAAAGAAAGCAAAUUAACAUCAUUAUGCCAGCACUCAAAAGCAGUUAUUAAUAUUAAGUCGACAUCAUUCUAAAAAUAUUUCUAUGAUUUAACAUAAAUUAAUAGAUGGAAACAAUAUUGUAAACUGGACCUAUAAUGCAUGGCUAGCUCUGUAAUGAAAACUAUCAGAUUUUAUUUGCAUAUAAUGAGACUGUAGAACUCAUUAUAUGAAACUAUAGAACUUGCUUGAGCUUAAUUAAAUAAUCCCUAUGAGGUUAAAAACAAUAUUAAUAUAUUAACAUAAUUUAACUGCCUGCUUUAGAAUGAACAAGUCAAACCUUACACUUUUACCCUCUUCUCACCUUAUUUUAGACUUUUUAUUAUACUAGUGUAUAUGCAUAUAACAUAUAAAGUGUAUAUUAAAAGGGCAAUUCUCAUAAUUGCUUAGACAUUUUAUGCUGUAGACAUUUAGUUUGUUAUAUGGUGCUACAAACUUUUCAAUAUUACUCAAGUCUGUACAGAUGUAACACCUUUUGAAGCAUGUGUUUCCAUGCUAUUUACUUCCAUAUUUCUAAAUAAUAUGCUUAUAAAAUGCUUUCAUUCAAAUUUUAGAUAUUAUCCAUUUACUUUUCUUCAGGGGCAUGUGCACACACACACAUACUUGCACAUUUUUUCUACCCACUCGUCUCUCAUAGCAAUAUUAUAUAAAAUUCUGUUUUAAUAGUGUUUAUAUAAUUAUGUCUAUGGAAAUAUCGCUUACAAUUGAACCUCAUGAUGUACUGAGAUUUUGUUUCUUUUCUUUGCCUCAUUUUUGCGUUACUUUUCUAUGUACAAAUUUUUAACUUAUCCCUAUACUUCCUAAAGUCUAAAACUCCUCAUUGUAUUAUUAAACUCACCAAGAAAUCUCUCAGUUCCAUUAUUUUUUCUUGGAGCCAUCCUGGAGCUAUCCAGACUCCUGCUCAAUUGUCUAUUAUUUGCUCUGUAGACCUGUUGUAUAGCUGGCAGUUUGGAACUUGCUUUAUCCAUCAUUCUGGGAAUUUCUUUUGUCUCCUGAACUUAAUUUCAUAUUUUGGACUUUAUGUAUUCCUCCUUUUUGGUUUACUGCCUUGAGUUCUGAAGACUAUUUGGCAAUACAUUUAUUAAUUUUUUGAACAUGUGAAACUUUCAGAUGUUAGAAAAUCAAAUUUUUAUUUUGUUUGGUAUAGAAUUUUAAGUUAGGAAUUAUUUGCUGCUAGCAUUUUGAAGGCAUUCCUUGACUUGUCUCUCUGCUGUUUACUUUUCUCCCAUUUGUUUUGUCUUUAUAGGUCCAUUUAUUUUAAAUUUUUGCUCUCUAUUGCUUAGAUGAGGUUUCAGGAGGGAAUUGAGAUAAAUUGGUGUGCCCAAACAGGAAUGAAAUGCAGUCUUCACUGUUAUUUUAUCCCAGCUUUCCCAGACCUCAGUCAUUUCUAUUUUUUCAUCCUUUGGUUUGCUGUAUUUCAUCAGAUGUAGUUCUUUAAAGGAGAGAGAGAGAGAGAGAGAGAGAGAGAGAGAGA